CUUCUCGCACGAUACCGCAGGAUGCAUAACAGCAGGGAUUUGGACCAAUCCAUCAACCACUUUGAACGGGCCUCGGAUCUCUGCCCCACGGAUCAUCCUUACCGCUCUGCAGCACUGUUCAAUCUAGCCAGCGCAAAGUUUAUUAGUUGCCAAGCUCACGGAAGAUACCUCGAUCUUGACAUGCCUAUCUCUCUUUUUCAAGACGCACUUGAUUUACGUCCCACUGAACAUCCGGACCGACCUAUCACCCAGCUCCAUCUUGCCACUGCUCUGCUCUCUCGCUUCGCGAAACGGAGAUCUCAAACGGAUGCUGAUGCAGCUACGGAGUUACUGAGCGAAGUGCUGGAUGUCUGUCAUGCGAACAGCUAUAUUUACAGAGCAGCCUUGAUCAUAAUCGAAACAUCCACCCUGCAUUCUGCUGGAAGAAUCGAUGCAAAUGAUCUUGGGCAAGAGGGUCCCGCCGCAUCGAUGCUUCCGUUAUCGCCGAAUCAACUUGUUCAACGAGCAAAGCGGUGUUUGCAGAUAGAUGAACCGCGUGACUUAGAUGAAGUGAUCUCCCUUCAUUAUGAUGCACUGGGAUACUACAACAUCGGGCAUGCUUAUCGAGGACAAUUACUAAGUAAUUUGGCUAUAAUGCUGCACACUCGCUUCAAGCGUCAAGGCAAUGACAACGACAUGGAUGAGGCUAUCGCACUUCAGAUGGAAAUGCUGGCUUUGUGCCCGGCCGGUCACCCAGAUCGGUCCGCAUCAUUAAAUAACCUCGCGACUCAACUCUCCUUCCGCUUUAAACACAGAGGCAACGACCAAGACUUGGAUCAGUCUAUCGCACAUCUCAAGGAAGCGUUGGCUUUGCACCCGGUUGGUCACGCAAAUCGGCCCACAUUAUUAAAUAAUCUCGCAAAUCAACUCUCUGCCCGCUUUAACCACAAAGGCAACGACGCAGACUUGAAUCAAGCUAUCGCGCUUCACAGGGAAGCGCUAGCUUUGUGCCCGGUCGGUCACCCACAUCGGUCCAGCUCCUUAAAUAGCCUCGCAACUCAACUCUCCAUACUUUUUGAUUACCGAGGCAACGAUGAAGCCUUGGACGAGGCCAUCGGACUUCAGAGGGAAGCGCUGUCCUUGCGCCCGGUCGGUGACACAGAUCGGUUUGGGGCAUUGAAUAACCUUGCGAUUCAACUUUGCUCACGCUUUGAGCACCGGGGCAACGACGAAGACUUGGAUGAGGCUAUCUCAUUUCAGAGGGAAGCGCUGGUCUUGCGCCCGGACGGUCACAAAGAUAGGUCUGGUGCAUUGAACAACCUUGCAAAUCAACUCUUCACUCGCUUUGACCACCGAGGCAAUGUUGAAGACUUGGAUCAGGCUAUCGCACUGCAUAGGGAAGCGCUAGCCCUGCAUCCGGUCGGUCACGCAGAUCGGUCCAAGUCGUUAGAUAACCUUGCGAAUCAACUCUCCACCCGCUUUGACCACCGAGGCAACAACCAAGAUCUGGAUGAGGCUAUCGUACUUCACAGGGAAGCGCUGGCCUUGUGCCCGGUCGGUCACCCAGAUCGGUCCGGAGUAUUGAGUAACCUUGCGACUAAGCUCUUCGCCCGCUUUGAGCACCGAAACAACAGCGAAGACUUGGAUCAGGCUAUCGCACUUCACAGGGAAGCGCUUGCUUUGCUCCCGGUCGGUCACAAAGAUCGGUCUGAUCUAUUGAUUAACCUUGCUAUUCAACUCUCUUCCCGUUUUCAGCACCAAGGCAACGAGGAAGAUUUGGAGCAGGCUAUUGCAUUUCACAGGGAAGCGCUGGCCUUGCGCCCGGUCGGUCACAAAGAUCGGUCUGGGGCAUUGGAUAACCUUGCAAAUCAACUCUCCAUCCGCUUUGACCACCGAGGCAACGAGAAAGACCUGGAUGAGGCUAUCGCACUUCACAGGGAAGCACUGUUCUUGCGCCCAGUUGGUCACAAAAAUCGCUCCACAUCAUUAAAUAAUCUCGCGACUCGACUUUCCUCCCGCUUUGACCACCGAGGUAACGACGAAGAUCUGGAUGAGUCUAUCGCACUUUACAGUGAAGCGUUGGCCUUGUUCCCAGUCGGUCACACAGACCGAUCCACGCCAUUAGACAACCUCGCAGCCCAACUCUCCAUCCGCUUUCGCCGCCGGGGCAACAACGAAGAUUUUGAUCAGGCUAUUGCACUUCACAGGGAAGCGCUGGCCUUGCGCCCGGUCGGCCACAAAGAUCGGUCUGGGACAUUGAAUAACCUUGCGAUCCAACUCUCCUCCAGAUUUGAGCACCGAGGCAACGAUGAAGACUUAGAUGAGGCUAUCGCACUUUACAGGGAAGCCCUGGCCUUGUGUCCGGUCGGUCACAGAUAUCGACCCUCAUUCUUAAAUAACCUUGCAAGCCAAUCCCUCAUCCGCUUUAAGCAACGAGGCAACAACGAAGACUUGGAUAAGUCACGAGAGAACCUACGCUGUGCAUUGACUCUGUUGACGCAACAUGAUCCUCGUCAAUUAGCAGUUCAUACGUCGCUAUUUAAGGUCUACAUAUCACUCCAUCAUUCGGGGAUGGACGACACCGGUGUGGGUGAAUGCACGGACAGUCUCGAUGCUGCAUUUUAUCAUCUCAAGGCCGCAGCAAAUGUUGUCUCUGGAGGCUUGCUAUCCCGCCUGCAGACAAGCAUACUAUGGGUUCGCUGUGCUGAUCUUCACAGACAUGGUACUCAACUGGAGGCUUAUGCAACUUCUAUGCAACUUCUGGACGCUUACAUGUCUGUGACAGCUUCGAUAUCGUCUCGUCAUAAGGUCAUGAUGGACUUUCCGAGUACACUCGCUGUGGACGCUGCAUCAUGUGCGCUUCGUAGUGGUGACGUGUGUCACGCUGUUGAGUUGUUGGAACAAGGCAGGACUAUCAUCUGGACUCAGAUGACACGGCCCCGCACCCCUCUUGACACCCUCCAAACUCACGGUGAUCAUGCAGUGGCCCUCACGAGGAGAUUCAGAGAACUCAGCUCCCUCCUCGAUAAACCUCCCGCGAACUAUCCAGAAGUAAUCCCAAGAAUUGAUGUAGAAGCAGAGGAAACCCGGUACAGACGUCUAGUGGAGGAGUGGAAUGGAACUGUAGAAGAAAUCCGGAAGAUCGAGGGCUUCUCUCGCUUCCUCCUUCCCCCCUUAUUCUCUGAUCUUCAAGAUGCAGCUCGUGAUGGGCCUAUCAUCGUGCUCAUCGCAAGCGAAUCCUCUUGCCAUGCCAUUAUCGUCCCGCACAAGCAACCUCCGACUAGCAUUCAACUCCCUACCGAUUUGCAGAAACUUGGCAAAUUAGUACUCGCACUCCGAAAGGCAGUUGAAAAAGAGGCCGAUCCUAAAGGAAACCAGUCAGCGCUGAUCAAGGCUUUGAGAGAGCUGUGGGACGUUGUCGUCUGCCCAGUGGUGGAGAAUCUUAACGGGUUUGCGCGACGAGGUUCCCGAAUAUGGUGGUGCCCGACGUCUCUAUUCAAUUUCUUGCCGUUGCAUGCUGCUGGCGAGUACAGGGCAAAUGGAAAAUUCCUUUCACAGCAGUAUAUCUCUUCGUAUACGCCAUCGCUCACCGCGCUGAUCAAGGCUCGCGGAUGUCAUGAUAGGUCCACAUUGGUUCCCUUUGUUGCCAUUGGCCAGGAUUGCCCAGCCGGUGCCUUAUUCACUUUGGAUGCUGUGGAGCCUGAGUUGGAAUUGGUGCGGAGACUUUUACCCCCUCCCCCAACUGUUUCCUUCUCCAAAAUAACCAGUGUUGACGCCACGAAAUCGAGGGCACUGUGCGCAUUGCGAAACAAUACUUGGCUCCAUCUCGCAUGUCACGGGACACAGAAAUUUGACGAACCCUUCAAGUCAGCCUUUCUCAUGCGUGACCAGCCACUUUCGCUCCUCGACAUCACACAGAUGGAUCUAUCUCAGCAUGAAUUUGCAUUUCUUUCUGCCUGUGAAACCGCAGUCGGUACCUUUAGUACGCCCGACGAGGUGAUACACCUAGCGGCUGGCCUGCAAUUCGCUGGGGUUAAGAGCGUCGUUGGGACAUUAUGGAAGGUCAAUGAUAAUACUGUGCAGCGCUUAGUUGAAGAAUUUUACAAAAACUUUUGCGGAGAUGGUAGGAUGACUUCCAAACGAGCUGCCCGGGCGCUCCACCGAGCGGUCCAGUUGUUGGCCUGUGACACGGACAUACCCUUGGAUCAGCGCAUAGUGUUCGUGCAUAUUGGCAUAUGAUCAUUAAUCCCCAUUCAGUCACGGCCACGCGCAACCUGUUGCCAAGGACUUUGAUAUUCCAGACUUUGAGACUGUAUGCCUACCCGAUAUGUACGUCUAACUCCGAACUUCAAUUUGUAUUUUCCAGUGUGUUUCCUC